AAACGUGCUUUAUUGGUGCCAGUGAAGGAGACAGGGAGAAGAGGGGGGAGUUUCUGAGAGCGUAUUAUCCUACUGUUUCCCUCUUACUAUCCGCCAUUUUUAGGGCUUAUCUAAACCUUCAUCUCUCCCAAGAAGAGCAAAAUCGCUCGCGGAAAUAUUAUCUGCAGAAAUGGAGACCUCGCUUAGGUACGACGGAGAUUCCAAGGCGCUGAAACUUCAUGCCAAGGAGAAACUCCCUCUCGACUCCUUCACUCAUUUGCAGCUUCAUGGGGAGCUAGACACAACGACCGGAGCUCCGAGUCACUUAAGUGCAAUGAUAAGACACUUUUAUCAAAAUAUAUCUUCAACACUUGGUGUUGGUUUGCAAUAUGAUAGGAAGGAGAAGCUUCGAUACACUGUACGUGGAAAAAAAUCUUUUUGUAUCAGCCGUGAUAGGCACUCUAACUUUCAAAUCAAGGGGAGAUGUGAUGUAGAUCAAGAAUUUCAACAGAGGAAAUCAAGUGGGGCAGCUGAGUUUGUCUGGGACAUCUUGAACUUUAAUAAAGACCAAGACCUAAGAAUCAAAAUUGGCUACGAAGCCUUUGAGAAGGUUCCAUAUGUGCAGAUUAGAGAAAACAACUGGACAUUAAAUGCUGACCUUUCAGGUAGAUGGAACGUCAGGUUUACCUAUUGAGUUGCAGUCGAAAUGAGAUAUCCCAGUUGCAGAAAAUUGACAGUAAAUUGUGAGAGAUACAUAUAAGGUCCAUUAUUUCAGUGAUUAUGCAUGUACAUCAGAGUUCGGAUGGUUUUUGACUCCAUGGUUUUAUUGUAUUUUAAGAAACAAUACUUCAGUUCUUACU